GCCAGAGCGGAGAGCCUACUGACAUCCGAGCCGGGAGCGUGCGUGAGUGUACCGGUCUGCAAUUGAAGCACUCCGCCGUCCGGAGGUCUAAGGUGGGCGGAGACUUGAGAUCGAGGUCCUCCUGUGUGCAGAUAGAGAUACACCGUACAUUUGUGAGACGGCACCCGCACACCCGUCCGAGGAGGAAACAUCAUGGCAACGACUACUUGCACACGUUUUACAGAUGAGUACCAGCUGUACGAGGAGCUUGGCAAGGGGGCCUUUUCAGUGGUGCGUCGCUGUGUCAAACUUUGUACAGGCCAAGAGUAUGCAGCCAAAAUCAUCAAUACCAAAAAGCUCUCGGCCAGAGACCAUCAGAAACUGGAGCGGGAAGCCAGGAUCUGCAGAUUGCUAAAGCAUCCCAACAUUGUUCGUCUUCAUGACAGUAUCUCUGAGGAAGGCUUCCACUAUCUCCUCUUUGACCUAGUGACAGGAGGGGAGCUGUUUGAGGAUAUUGUGGCUCGAGAAUACUACAGUGAAGCAGAUGCAAGUCAUUGCAUCCAGCAGAUCCUGGAGGCCGUGCUCCACUGCCAUCAGAUGGGUGUGGUUCACAGAGAUCUCAAGCCAGAAAACCUGCUGCUGGCCAGCAAAUGUAAGAAUGCAGCAGUCAAGUUGGCUGAUUUUGGACUGGCCAUUGAAGUGCAAGGAGACCAACAGGCUUGGUUUGGCUUUGCGGGUACUCCCGGCUACUUGUCUCCAGAAGUGCUGAGGAAAGAAGCAUAUGGUAAACCUGUAGACAUCUGGGCAUGUGGUGUGAUCCUCUACAUCCUUUUGGUUGGGUACCCUCCGUUCUGGGACGAGGACCAACACAAACUCUACCAACAGAUCAAAGCUGGAGCAUAUGAUUUUCCCUCCCCAGAGUGGGACACAGUGACUCCCGAGGCUAAAAAUCUGAUCAACCAGAUGCUUACCAUUAAUCCAGCCAAGAGAAUCACUGCCCAGGAGGCUCUGAAGCACCCAUGGGUCUGCCAACGCUCAACGGUGGCCUCAAUGAUGCACAGACAGGAGACCGUCGAGUGCCUGAAGAAAUUUAAUGCCAGGAGGAAACUCAAGGGUGCCAUUCUUACUACCAUGCUUGUCUCCAGGAACUUCUCUGUGGGUCGUCAGACUACAGCCCCUGCUGCUGUCAGCGCUGUAGCAGGAACCACAGCUGGCAUCGUGGAACAAGCAGCCAAGAGUCUCCUCAACAAGAAGGCUGAUGUCAAGCCUCAGACAAACAGCACGAGAAACAGCAUAGUCACCAGUCCCAAAGGCAACAUCCCCUCUGCUGCACUGGAACCUCAGACUACUGUUAUCCAUAAUCCAGUAGAUGGGAUCAAGGAAUCAUCUGAUAGCAACAACACAACUAUUGAGGAUGAAGAUGUGAAAGCUCGCAAACAGGAAAUCAUAAAGAUCACAGAGCAGCUUAUUGAAGCUGUCAACAAUGGAGACUUUGAGGCCUACGCGAAGAUCUGCGACCCUGGUCUGACCUCAUUUGAACCUGAGGGGCUGGGAAAUCUGGUGGAGGGAAUGGACUUCCAUAGAUUUUACUUUGACAAUCUCCUCUCAAAGAACAGCAAACCUAUCCACACCACCAUCCUUAACCCCCAUGUGCAUAUAAUCGGGGACGAUGCUGCCUGCAUCGCCUACAUCCGCCUGACGCAGUUCGUGGAUGGUCAGGGCCGUCCUCGCUCAAGCCAAUCAGAAGAGACCAGGGUAUGGCACCGCAGGGACAGCCGGUGGCAAAAUGUCCACUUCCACUGCUCAGGAGCUCCUUCUGCCCCGCUGCAGGGGUGAGGCAUUUUGAGGAGGCAGAGCAGAAAAGUAACGAGCAGAUAAUCACAGAGAAAGAAGCAGCACUGAGAGAGAGGUGCAGGUGGAUAUGUGGUGGGGUUAAAGGAAUCUGAUUUGGGGAUUGUGGUCAUGCUCCUGCACUCUGCACACCCACUUCUUUCUCUCUCUCCCUGUACAACUUCGACAACAGCAGACAGUAAUAGCAGUGCUCCCAUCUUCUGACAGCAGAGGACACAUCAGCUACAACAUUAAACUCUUGUAACUCUUCGGCCUGCCUACAGCAAACAAAAAAGCUAUUGUUCCUUCCUAUUGUUACUUCUAGUAUAAUUAUGGCCACCGUCUGUCUCUGUGUUCUUUCAACUGUACAGUCUAUUUAUUAUCCAUUUUAAUCCUUUCGUCUUUUUUAUGACAAUGCAUGAUUCCUUCCUGUGUUGUCAUUAGCAGUGGCUGUUCUGCACGACUAAUGCUGCCUGUGUAAAAUGAACAAUCAGUAUCACGUGUCUCACACAAAGAGUCUGGUGGGUGUAUUUUAUUAUGAAUUUCAUUGUGUUGUGCAACAGCACAACAAAAUUAAUUCAUUAAUUUAUUUAAUUUAUUUAUUGGGUGUUUAACUCCCUACCACCCCAUUCCUCACCCCUCACGAACCCCAACCACUCUGUGAGACAGUGAAAGCCAUGCAGCAUGCUAAGAUGUUACUGUUGUUCUUAACUGAUAUUUAUGUACUGAACAUUGCAAGUUAACUACUGAAACUAUGAUUGAAAUGUUGAAAUAUCCCAAUGUUUAUGUAAAUUUCCAGUUUUAUUGUGGUGACUUAACUACAGUUACGCUGUUGAUGGUAUUUAAUUGCAUGAUAAUCCACGUUAAUGCAUUUGGUAAAUGGGGUGUUGUCAUGCAUUUUCUGUUUUUUUGUUUGUUUGGUUGGUUGGUUUUUCGCACUGCUGGUGAGCUAUAAUCUGAUGCCUCUACUUUCUGGAUUUCUAAUGCAUAAACUGUUUUUGUUGACAUGACAGUGUAGUAUAUGAGGAUUCUGGUGACCAUGACAGAUUAUGCCCUUCCUCAGUAAUAUUUGGGCCCAGGUUCUUUACUGUUUCAAAGGCAACAACCAAAACCUUAAAGGAUCAUUUUUGAUUUAAUUUAUUGGAACCUGACUAAUGUAAAAGGUGACAACUUAAACUCAACACAAGGGUGUGUGGUUAUUACAUUUGAUUGCAAUAAUUAAAUUAGACUUUGGAUGUAAAAGAAAGCCAAGGUCAAAGUUCCCAAAGUGAAAUCAAAGUUUGUUUUAAUUAUGUGGUCAUUUAAAACCAUAUUUUAAUUGUCAGUUUUUGCUGUGGGUGGCUGUGUCUCAGGAAUUAGUGCAGGUCACCUACUAACCUGAAGGUUAAUAGACAACCUAUUUAACACAACCUCUUCAAAUUCAAUGUCUGGCUCCUCUACUUCCACAUGGCAAGAUACUUAAAAUGCACCCAUCUGAAUUUUAGGUUAAAUGUGUUUAGGCAUAGAAAAAGACACUUGUAUGGAUGUGUAUAUGAAUGAGAGUUGUGGUAAGAAAAUGCUGAAAUAGAAUAGAAAAGUGCUAUAAAAGUAGCAGUCUGUUUUAACAUUUUUCUAUUGGGGGUUUCUGUCCCUUUACAAAAAACAUGUAUCUCUAAAACCUUUCUCAUCUUAUAAAAUGCAUUUCUUUGAUGAUUGGGUUAGUCAGUGAGAGGUAGGAGGAUUGUAUCAAGGUACAGGGGAAUCCUUAAAGGAUUGCAUGUUGUCACAUUUUCACAAAAGUGUACAGAUACAACUCCACAAAGCUAAUAUUUACUUGUCCUUCCACAGGAUUAGCAUUUAAAUAUGGUAAAAUUAUGCUCUUGUGUCAUAAUUUCUGACUUAACUGGAAGCUAUUUAAAAGAAAAAGGAAAGCUGAAAAAGAAUUUUCUGCUGCUCCUUACACAUCGUGUGUGGGGCCUUUCACUUGGGAGGCAAAUGUGUAAACCACUACAGUUAUGGAGCCUUAAACAGCUGCCUGCCAAGCAGAUUGGAGUAGGAAACACAGACAGCUAUUGAUGAAAACAAAAGAGCAUUUGACACAUAAAGUGACAGAUAUUUAAAAAAAAAAAUAGACUAAAAGAGAGUAAAAGUGAAAUUGAAAAUUAUAUGACAAAUCUUCCAGAGUUGCAUUUGAACGUUUUGGAAUAAGAACAUAGAGUCACUCUCUCAUUUUUUAUGUGUAAACUUUAGUUUUUCUCUGGUCUGGAGACAUGAACAGGAACGACUUACUGUAUUUCAGAAUUCAUAAAAGUCAUGGAGAAGUCAAUUGACAUAUUUGUAAAAGAAAAUGGUGUCUUGUGCACACGCAUACAUUAUUACUUCUAUUUCAAGCACUAAGCAGAGUUUCUUUUAUAUAUGUUUACAAAUAUUUGUGUGUAAUGUCUAAAUCACAAAAAUUUACAUAGUUUUUCCAGGACAUUGAUUCAACACACAGGCAGGAAUGAAAUUUGAAAUGGACUGGUUUGGAAAUAGUGGUUUUUUGCACUACUUAAGCACUCGAAGCGCUUUACACAGCUUGCCUCAUUUACCCAAGGACUUUUUUUGAUGCCAAAGUGCCUUUUUAUUGAACAUUUAUACUCCAAUGAAUGCAUUGGAGGGCAGCUUAGGAUACCUGCUUGAGGAUACUUUGGCAUGGAGAAGCCAGAUUUCAAAAAAACAAACCUUCUCAUUAGUAGAUGACCUGGUCUACUUCCUGAGCAACAGCCACCCCUCAAUGUUAGUGAGUAAAACCAAAAUAUUAGGUAGAAUAUCAAAUCCUUUAGUUUUACAAUAUCUCCCAGAAAUAUCUAGUGUCGCUUGCUGUAUUUUCCCUUAACGAUCUAACUUUCUGUCCUUGAGGGGGCAUCAACUUCUUGAAGCUUGACAUUUAGACUGACUACAGGAUUAAAGUACAUACAUGAUUAUUGAAUGUGAGAAGAAAAAUGCUGAAGAUUAAAGACAGGUUUAUACAGGCUGUCAGAUAAAGCACUGAGCUGGUCUAUUUUAGGACAAUUCACAAUAUUGUCAAAUUACUUUAGCUCACUCAACAAAUAGUAUAGAACAUGAUAGCUCCUAGUUUGAUCCUUCAAAUAUCACAUACACAGUAAAGCUUAAAUGAUUGGUUGAAUCAUCGCAGGACGAUGACUGGAAAGAUCAAAUCAUGGAAGUGGUUUUCAAAGAAAACUAUAAAAAUUUGCUGGUUCCAGCUUGUCACCUAAUGGAGAAAGGAAACCAAUUAUCAUGAAAUAUUAAAAUAUACAUAUAUAAUUUUAUAAAGUGAACUAAAGAAAAAUGUAUUAGAAAGAUAACUUUGUGCUUCUUACAACACUAAGAAAUCAAACCUUACUAAGUGGUGAUGUAAAAUACACCAUCUACUAGGGUAAAUGUAUGGGCAUACCAGCAAUUCACAAUGUAAUGCUUCUCACCAUCCAUGCUGAUCAUGAUGUAAAAUAAAGAAAUAUGCUUUCAAAUACUUGUUGCAUUGAAUCAUAAAAGUUAGAAGAAGUAUUAAAAACAAAAACACAUUAAGCACCUAAAUUUGGAGAGACGCAUGGUGAACUUGCCAAGCCAAGGCUGUGAUUUAGUGUUUCACAUUUUGCACGAGUAGUGUUUUGUAUCAAAAGGUAAAAACUUUUUGAGUCAGUUCAACACAUUAUUAACAGUCAUUCAAAACAGUCUUUUAUUAAUUACUAAUUAUUUACAUUAUAAAAUGAAAUGGGGAAUUAUGCAUCAUCAGACAAUCUUCAGGUUGUUUUUUUGUUUUUUAAACCAUUAGUAUCAGUGAAACUCCACAGCUAUGGCUUUAGGAUAAAGCCAUGAAUUUCCCUUCCUGGUCAAACCAAAUGUCAAUGCUAUCAGUACUUUAAUUGGAUUGGUUACUUAGAAUUAGUGUCCUCUUUGAAAGCUGUACCUUCUUACUUAAUAACUAGGUUCGGCCCUGGGUGUUAAUCUUAGGCUUCAGCUAUAAAGACUAUUUAAAGUGUACUGAUAGAUCCUUAUCAUUUCUUCUUCUGUGUUCAUGUGAGCAAGUAUGAUAUGAAUGAUGAUGAUGGUGAUGACUGUAUGUGAAACAAGGCUUUUAUCAUGUACUUUUUGUAUUUAUUAUAUGAUGAUGAUCAAUAUUAAAGUGUGAUCAGAUGUAAUCAGUGUGUAAACUAAUAAAACUGUCCACUCUACUAUUCUGUCUUAUCUCAACUCACAACCUUAGAAAGAAACCCGUGUUGUUUUAGUUUUCCUUGUGUUUUUAGUGCUUUAAAAUGCUACAUGAAUAAAUGUCAGUAUUUCCUCUAAACAGAAUAUUACUCAGAAUAUUCCAGCAAGUAUUUUUAAAAGCCAAAGUUUGAAGGGUCAGUAAAACAUUUCAACCACCGCAGUGAUUAAAGGAAAGUUCGAAAAGUAGAUUUACUCAUGAACUGUGCUAUAGAAUGUUUUAAAGGUGUAAAGUUACUUCUCUUUUGUUACAUUUCAGGGUAAAUGUCUCACUUUACUGCAUUUAUAGAUUUACAAAUUUACAGACAAGGAUAGAAAAUGUAAUCUGUUGUUAAACAUUAUACAUCAUUUUAUUUUGCUGGAAUUCUUACUCUACCCAUUCGCUUCCACUUAUCCAAUUUAGGGUCACAGGGGGGCUGAAGCCUGUCACAGAUGCCAUAGGGCAAGAGGCUGACACAGGGCCAACACAGAAAGACAGACAACAAUUCACAACUAUGGGCAAUUUGGAAAUUAACCUAACCUCACUAAAAGCAUGUCUUUGGACUAUUGAAGACAGCCGGAGAACCCAGAGAGAACCUAUGCAAACCCAUGGCCAGACAGUGGAUUCUAAUCCAAGACCUUGCUGUGAGGCGGCAGUGCUAACUACUGUUUUAACAUGCAUGGAUUUCAUAUGAGUGUAUAUUAAUGUAAGGUUUUUCAGCUUACAGAAUUAAGUUCCCUAAUUUGGUUGCUUUUGUAAAUUGGAGCUAAAUAAAUAAACCAAAUUGAAAUAUACUAAAUUUAGGGAGAUAAAACUCACCUUUUGCAAAUACCGUAAUGUCAGAUAUCAAAGUAGAAUGGAUUAUAGUGAAAUACAGUAGAAAAAUAUUUUAAAUUGCAGUAAAAAAAGUAGUAAUUCACUUGCUGGGAUCACAUGCUCAGACAGGUUUGCUAACAUUUUUGUAGUUAAUGGCAGAUGGCUUGAGCAUAAAUUGAGGCUGUGGUUUGGGGAAGGCCUCAGAGGGGACUGGUGCCAGCUCCUGGGUCAGGCAGAUCCCUAUAAGAAGUGAAUUAUUUGAAAAAGGGAGAGAGGGUGGGUACGAAUCUAAGAGCAGACAAUAGCGACCUCAUUGUACAGGAUACAGUAACCAUCGCAGUGGCAGACAUCCAAGAAAGGUUUUCAAUAUAUAACUGGUUAGGGGUGAGGGGAGGAUGACACAAAAAAAGACACACUGUGGAAGAAAACCAGAGUUUUAGAAGGAUUUUAAAUUCAAGAAUGAAAAAAAAGCUAAUAUGGGAUAAAUAUGAUCUCUCUUUCUAGUACUCUUGCACCAGCAUCAUUAUUAUUAUUAUGAUUAGUAUGAGUAGUAGUAGUAGUAAUAGUAGUAGUAUUUGCAAUGUUGACUGGUUCUGAGAAAUUGAUCUGGGAGGCUGCUGUUCUCUGCUCUUAGGUACACCAGCAUUGAUAUUGUGUAAUGCCUGUUUUCCUCAAUGCUCUUCUAGCAUUGCUCAAUUUCAGCUCAGGAUCUGCCCUUGUAUUGUUAUUCACUUGUAGCUGAAAGCACACCCUGGGAUCUUUGCAUGGAUCUUUGGAAAACAGGCCAUUUCUUCUCUUGGCUUCUGCUAUGGAAAUCUUGUUGCACUUUCUUAUCCAUCCAGGACCAGGUUUUUCAACCUGUUAUACUGAAAAACAAGAAAAAGACUAUCACACCAUAAGAAACAACAACAAAAAAAACCCAUCACAAACAGCAGUACAGAACCAAGAACAUGUGAUCUGUCAGCCUGAACAGAGAUAGAGACAGACUCAAAAAAUGAUAUUCCCAGCAUCCAUGGGAUAGUACCAAGAAACUGAUAAAAGUCAUGUUUAAUUAAAGACUAGAUAAGGAGAAUUAUUUUUUUUAAGGCUUUGCCGUUUUAUUUAGUAUUUUGUUUUCUUUACAAAAAAAUUGAGGUACAGCAAUACUGAUAAAUUAAGAUUUGUGUGUGAAAUGUUCAUGUGAUUUAUUCCCAGAUUUGAUUGUUAAUGACGUCCAUUGUUUUAAAGUACAGAGCCAAACAAGGCAAGAAUUCUUCAGAGAAGAGGCAGUCAGCUGAUAUUUUGUCUGCAGUAGCUUCAGCAAGGCUGAAGAUCAAUGAUUUUUUAUUAAAGGAAAGUUUAAAGGGCAAAACUACUGUCAAAAAAUUCUUGACUUUAUUGCCUAUUAUGUUUGCAAUUCAUUUAAUUAAAUAAAGCUUUCAUGAAAUGUAAAACAUUUUCUGGCAGUGGUGUAAAUGCAUUUAUUCUAUUUUGAAUGCAGUGUGGUAUUACUAUGUUAAUGAUUUGUGCUGUGAGAGCCAAGUUUACAUAAUGAAGUGGCUGAAAAUCUGUGUCACCACCACCUGAAGUAUAUGUGUGAAUGUCUUUCUUGUCUCCUCUGUGUCUGCCUUUAGUGUUGCAAAUACUUCAUUAGCAUCAUGAAUUAAGCUGUGUUGCCAAAACACCAAUUACAUGAAUACAUAUUAACAUCAAAGUCAGUGCCAGCAGGGUGCAGAGGUAUCGGAGCCUGUCUGAGAACAAAGUAAUAAGCUGAGGGAUAAAAAUGGUUUUUUUUUGAAGGUCUGCUUUGUAGUACUUUGAUUAUAUACUGUGAGCCAUAGGAAUUAACCAUUUCAGAUUUUAAUACAGGUAUAUUUUUCUUCAUGAAACAAGAUGCGAUAAUUAGAAAUUCUGCUUUUUUACCAACCAGACUGACAACAUUGUGACUCAAACGGUGAUGGUAUCAGCCUUCUACACCAACACAAAACUUUUAACACCUGUUUUUUCUUAGAGUUUAUGUCAUCUCUUGAGUGUUUGUAUGUGUACUCGUGCGGUUUUCAUCAGUAAUGAAAUUUUC